AUACAGAAACAAGACUGUUCUCCCAAACAGAACGCAAACUGAGGCUGAGAAUGGCAACAGCAUUGGCGAGUGCCCUGUCCCUGGUGCCUCUGAACCUGAAGAAGGAGGGGCUUCAGGCAGUGAGGGAGGAGCAUAACUCCACCCAGGAACAAGGAUUCAAGCCACAAGGAAAUAGCAGAGGCCUCAAACCAGAGCUGUUGUGCAGACAAUUCAGACAGCUGCGUUAUGAAGAGACUGCAGGACCUCGGGAAGCGCUGAGCCGGCUCCGGGAGCUCUGCCGACGGUGGCUGCGGCCUGAGACCCACAGCAAGGAGCAGAUCCUGGAGCUGCUGGUGCUUGAGCAGUUCCUGGCCAUUCUACCCAAGGAACUGCAGGCCCACGUGCAGGAGCAUCAGGCAGAGAGCGGGGAGGACAUGGUUGUUGUGCUGGAGGAUUUGCAACUGGAACGUGGCAAAACAGGACGACAGGUGGUUCCAGACCACACAAAGAAACAGAAAAUAGUUGCGGAGGAGGCAGCUCCUGUAACUUCAGUACAGGAGUGGCAGGUGCAGCCCGAGCGUGAAGCUCCAAAGCCCAAGAAGGAGAAGGGUCCAGAGACAAUGAUUGACAAUGGGGAACUUAUUAUAGUGACAGACUCUGGUAGAAGAAUCGAAUCUUCUGGGAAAACAUCUAAGCCCACUGAAGCUCGUGAUGAGGACUCUAACUUGGAAAGGCAACAAGCCCAGCCUAAGGAGAAGGCCGACCAUCAGAUCUCAGGAUGUGGGGAAGCGUCCGCCCAGCAGCGUUUGGAUAUGACUGAACACGAGAGUGCUUCCAUGGGAGAAAAGCUGUGUGAGUCUCAAGUUUGUCAGACUUCCAGUCCUAGUGGACAUCAGAAAAUCCUUUCGGGAAAGAAAAGUCACCAGUGUCAGCAGUGUGGAAAAGUUUUUCAGAGGAGUUCUCACCUUGUCAGACAUCAGAAAAUCCAUCGUGGUGAGAAACCCUAUCAGUGCAAGGAGUGUGGAAAUGUCUUCAGCCAGAACGCGGGUCUUUUGGAACAUCUCAGAAUCCAUACUGGAGAGAAGCCUUAUCUCUGUAUCCACUGUGGAAAGAACUUUCGGCGCAGCUCUCACCUUAACCGACACCAGAGAAUUCACAGUCAGGAGGAGCCCUGUGAGUGCAAGGAGUGCGGAAAAACCUUCAGCCAGGCCCUGCUCCUCACUCACCAUCAGAGAACCCACAGUCACGCCAAAAGCCACCAGUGUAACGAGUGUGGGAAAGCUUUCAGUUUGACAUCUGAUCUCAUUCGACAUCAUAGGAUUCACACUGGAGAAAAACCUUUCAAGUGUACCAUAUGCCAGAAAGCCUUCCGACUAAACUCACACCUCUCCCAGCAUGUAAGAAUCCACAAUAAGGAGAAGCCCUAUGAGUGCAGCAAAUGUGGACAGGCCUUCAAGCAGAAGUCAGGUCUUUUUCAACAUCAGAAGUACCACCACAAACGGGCUUGAGGAGGUGUCCUGUCCUAGUGGAACGUCAGAGCAGACACAUGGGCAACCAGCAUUUUAGGGAAAGUUACUCUGACCAACCCUGAGAAUUCUUGGGGACCACGUCCCCCUCCACUGUUUUCCUUGACAUCAGCUUUGUACAGCAGUAAUGUCACUCUAGGUGACACUGUGGCACCAAAGUUAAACAGCAUCCUCUGUAAACAGAACUUCUCAGAGGCUUUGACAUGAUGAACACGUGAGUAUGUAUUUCCAGACAGUACAGAAACUUGGGACCGAGAUUUCAAGUCAGCAGAUUAUACGUUUAUAGGUUUAUGUGUAACAAGAGCAAGUUAAUAUUUUUGCAUAUGUUGUAGUAACUGAUUCCUAUAAAAUUGACCUAGCGAUAUUUAGAAAGAUUCCACUCUCAAAGGUACAAGUUAAUGGGAACAUUUUACUCUGCAGAUUUCACCCUUCCUUCCUGCUGGCCUUCC